GACAUUUUGAUGUGAUCAUCUCUAUCUCUGCCUCUAUCAGUAUUUUUCCCCGCUCAGUAUUUUUCCGCCACUGAGGCGUCUUUAUUUUUCCGCUUCCUUCACUACUCAGAAGAGUCCCCUAAACGAUAUCGUAUUGAAUCUCGCACCAAGAUAACUCCCCUACAACUUGCACUAUUGCACGGCCGUACUAAUUACACUCAGCUAUCCAGGCAUUCUCCCCAUCGUAUAUCCUUUCAGUCAUGAAAGAGCUUGCAUUAUUGUCGCAUCGUCAUGAUUUGUCACUCUUAACAAGCCUAUCUUUUGCAUCGGGGUAUCUAUCCAUCGUCUUUUGGCUCUUCGCACAGCUUCCCCAGGUUAUUGAAAACCAUCGAAGGAACUCGGUGGAGGGCAUAUCCAUUUCCUUCCUUGGGUGUUGGGUCUUGGGAGAUCUCACCAACUUGAUUGGGUGCGUACUUACAGAUGCUUUGCCCUUCCAAAUCAUGUUAGCACUCUACUACUGUUGUAUCGACGUUAUCCUUAUUUCCCAGUUUUAUUAUUACACCAAAGUUCAUAAGCCAAGUCACCAUCCGCACGGCCAGAGAGGCAAGAUGCGAGGACACCAGAGGUUGCAGGAUUUAUCCCCGCCGUUUAUGGGCGAAGAAACCUCUGAGACCCUACCGCCUGCUAUGGCUGAGAGAUUACCGUUGAAGAACGGAAUCCCCUUUGUCAAGUAUGACGCAGAGCGGACCGAGCCUAAACGCAUUCAGAUCCCAACGAAAAACAUCCAACUGAGAAGAAAUCUUGUACCUGGAACCGCCAGCUCUUCGGUCUCGAACCUUGCAACCGCCUCAUUUAUCGGCAGUUUUGCCAAGGUGCACGCCAUGCCGCUCUCCCUUGCCGAAGACAAGCCGCUUAGCUUGUACCAGAAAAUUUCCUCCCUUCUGAUGCUCGUCAUGAUCUCCUCCUUCCUUACCAAGGAGAGAAUAGGAAUGGUGUCUGCGUGGAGUUGCACAGCCUUGUAUCUCUGCUCUCGGGCACCCCAGUUAUACGCCAAUCACAAACGGCGUACCACCAGCGGCUUGUCUAUCUACUUGUUCAUUGCUGCAUUACUAGGAAACAUCACGUACACUGUUUCCUUAUUGACAUCCCCCAAUGCCCAGGGUAAAUACGGAAAUGACUUUUUAUACCUGGAAUUGCCCUACUUGCUCGGAAGCUGCGGCACCGUGGGGUUUGACCUUUUCUUAUUGGGGCAGUGGUACAUAUUCGAUGUUCGUGGAAAGAUGCCGUACGUGCAACAAAGCCAGUGGCACGAUUUCCUGACCGUGAGAGCUCUGUUUAACGAACUGAUCUUUGACCAAAAGGUUUCAACUCUGGUGAAUGUUAAAACUGGGCAUACUUUGUCCGUGGGCUCUCCGUCACCCCUCCCCGCUACUCAGCCUAUUAUUCCCAACACCCAGAGGCACCGAGAAUACUCUUCUUCAAACAACAAUAUCAUUCCCAUUCUCAUCAAACAGAGCCACGUUACCCAAGCCAAGAUUGCUAGUAACACACCCAUUACAUGCAUGGAUUUGUUGGAUAUGACGUCGUCAUACGGGGAUAGACCGGUAGGUUCUGUGAGCAGUCCCUCGACGCAAUUCAAUAGCGUGCAGCCCAGCUUUAGGACAUUUGGUAUUCGGGAGGGUGUGCCCCCAUCCUUAACGCCAAAUAAAGUAACUAGGUUCGGGUAUGGUAGCACGACGGACGAUAUCCAUAUGUUCGACAACUAAGCUCGUUCCAUCAAAAUUAGAUCAUAUAACAAAACUUUU